AUGUCUGACAUACCCCCGAAUACCCUGUUCAUGAAGCCAGACUACACGCCAUUCUGUGAACAUGGCCAUGGCGAACUCCAGUGGAGAGUUACACAGUCUGAUAAGAAUGGCAACCGUGGCUGCUGGAUGGUUGCGAGUCCUACAUCAUCUCCCAACCCGUCACCACCACCAUCGGGGCCUCCGCCACAAAUGAUGCUCACUCCCGUAGUGCCUGGUGUCUGUGCUGAUCCUGAGUGCACAUCAAAGCACGUGCACCCCCAGUGCAGUCAUCUUAUGUGCAGGAAGCACUGUUGGGCAUCUGGCGGCUGCAAUGCGAAGGGUCACGGUAUUGCUGGACCUGUUGGUGAGGUACCGCAUGACCCCACCAUGCUUUGUAUAUCCAGCGGUGCCGCACCUCCACCGCCCAUCAUUGACCCUGCCUUACUUCUUAUAUCCGGCAUUGCAUCCUCGUCUUCUUCCUCUCAGGCUCCCACUGCUGGUCUGUCUACACUACCUACGCCAAGCCAGGUUACCUUGACACGCAAGGGCAAGGGCUGCGCUACAGCAGUACCUGCACCUGAUGUAGACUUCUAUUCCAAUCCAUGCCUCCCAUCACAGCUACUGCCUGUCUUCACAGAUGCAUAUGCCAAGCAAGAGGCAGAGCGUCUGCAAAAGCAAGAAGUGGAGUCUCUCAAAUGUGAACUUGCCCUCACAGUGCAGAACACUGUUACUGUAUUUGGCUGGGCGGCGGAUGGCGACACGCCUGCUGUCUGUGAGUUUCAAAGUGGAUUUGUUCUGCCGCGUGUCAGGGUGACUGCGGAGUGGCUUCACAAUCUUGGACUAUCUGUCGAUGACAGUUGUCACUACUUCAAUGUGACGCAGCAGUGCUGGAACAGGAUAUUUGUUGGCCAUGUCCUCACCCUUCCAGGCAAUCAUGUCUACCUCAAGAACCUCAAUGUCAAAGUUGCGCUUGACUUCGACAAGUAUUACAUUGAUCAACAGCCACCAACCAUACCUCACAUUCGUAACAACCUCAAAGCCAGCUGUGUCGCAAAAGCGGAGGCCACAAUUCUCUUCCAAUUGUUCCCAUCGUUGACGCUGCAUCUCAUCGCAUGCACUGCCUGCACCUCACCCGCACCUCCCGCAUGCACUGCCCACACAUCACCCGCACCUCCCUACCACUAUCAAGCAUGA